GGUACCACCAGGUUUAAGCUCCCUCAAACCGUAAGCUACAGUGAGGAAGAUGUGAAGCUUGCUCACUAUAUCUUUGCUGAAGAUCUUCCACCUGACGAACCCUUGGUCCAAACUAUGAUGGAAGUUUAUAGCCGGAAGACAUUGUGGAGCUUAUGCCCUGACUCAUGUGUCCAUGCCGAUGUAAUUACAGCAUUAGCUUGCCACUUGACCCUUGACGAACUUUGGAGGGAUGCUGAUCGUGGAAAACGGGUGUGCUUUCUGCCUACAGAAUUCCAGGUGUGUCUGCCCAUGCAAGAUACUAUGGAUGAUGGAGGAAUUCAUUGGUUUUUAGCUAUUAUUUUAGUGGAC